AUGGAGGGGUCGUCUGGAUCAACUGCUAAUGACUCUAGCACACGCAAGCAAAAUCUUCUGAAGAGACACAAGAUAAAUGAAGGUGAAGGCACACUGAGCAAGCUACCUGAACCACUCGUUAGUCACAUACUCUCUUUUCUUCCAACCAAAGACGCAGUUCGCACCAGUGUUUUAUCCAAGAAAUGGCAAUUCCGCUGGACAUUCAUCACAAAGUUGGACUUAGACGACACUGUGUUCUAUAAGAGGAAGAGUGGUGGAAAAAUGUACUUUGUAAACUUCGUGUACAGGGCACUUCUUCUGACCAAAAGUUCAAGUUUGGAAAGUUUCUCACUUGUUAUUGCUAACAAGUAUGAUGUGUUCCUUCUCAAUACUUGGAUAUGCAACAUCUUGAUCCGGGACAUAAAAAAUCUUUGUAUUGUCACACAAUCUGAGAUGUCUUUCUCUGCUCAUGCAUCUCAUUCUCUUUUCAACUCCAGGUUAUUGGAAGAAUUGGUGCUCAAGACGAUGCAUUCUUUUGCGAUUAGGGUUACCGAAAGCGUUGUUCAGUUUGAACACCUAAAACUCCUCAAGUUAUCUGGAAUUUUAUUUUCUCUGGACUUCAACUCAAAACAUCUAACUCUUAGUUUACCAGUCCUCAAAGUGUUUGAAACACUAAAUUGCACUUGGUUAAAUGCAAAACGUAUCACUCUAAAAGUGCCUCUACUUGAGAGUGUUAUCAUAACGCAAGACACCAAGCCCCCGUCCUAUGUGAAGCCUCACUGUGCAUUCGAGUUUUCUGCUUCGCAUCUGAAAGAAUUCAGUUAUUGCGGUUGUGGUUAUAUAUCACAUUAUUUUAAGCUGUUAGAUACGUCAUCUGCUCAUAAUGCUUCUCUUAAUAUAACUGUGAACCAAUGUCCGAUAAACAGAGAUCCAGAAACAGAGGUUCGUGCUUUUUUGCUUCUCAAACAAUUCAGCCAAGUGAAAUAUCUCAAAUUCGAGGGUUGUCAGGUACUGGCACAAUCAAAAGUGGCUAGUCUACCAUUAUUUGGAAUGUUGAGUGAAUUGGAGCUUGGCUUGGUUAGUGGUGAAGUUUUAUUAGGCUUACUUCUAAAAUCACCGGUUCUUAAGACUCUACUUUUCGAGGGAAUAUCUAAUUUCGACAAAGAGCUUUUGAAUUCUGCUGCUGUGCCCGAGUGUUUGACAUCUACACUCCAGGUUGUGAAAUUUCAUAAACUGCAUGGAUGCGAGCAUGAGCUGUGUUUAGCUAAAUUUGUGAUGGAAAAUGGUUUAGUGCUGGAGAGGAUGAGUUUCUUCCUAGCUAGCCAUUGCUUGGGAAAAUCGAAGAUUAUGGAAGAAUUUAAAGCAAAGUUAUUCUCAUUUAAGAAAGGCUUCUCUUUUGCUAUUGUUGAAUUUUCAUAUGAUGAUUAA